AGCUGGCGAAGGCGGGCAUCAUGGCGGCCGCGGAGGAGGCGGAUGUGGAUGUCGAGGGGGACGCGGCGAUGGCGGCUGGCGGUGGGCAGCCGGGAGAUUAUGGCAAUACCGCUUCGGGCUUAUUGCAGGAUCACUACCUCGAUUCAUCUUGGAAAACAGAUAACGGCCUCCCAUGGACACUGGAUAGCACCAUCAGUGAGGAGAACAGGGCUGUUAUUGAGAAAAUGUUGCUGGAAGAAGAGUAUUAUUUGUCAAAUAAAUCACUUCCAGAAAAAAUAUGGCUUGAACAGAAGGAAGCUGAAAAAAAGUCCAUGAAAAGCCCACAUAAGAAAACAGGAAAGGUCAUGGCACGGUCACCUACGAAAUCAGCUAGUUACUCACUGAAAUGGACAAUAGAAGAAAAAGAGCUGUUUGAACAAGGACUGGCUAAAUUUGGCAGAAGGUGGACAAAAAUUGCCAAGCUGAUUGGAAGUCGCACUGUUUUACAAGUGAAGAGCUAUGCAAGACAGUUUUUUAAGAACAAGGCAAAGAUUGAUGACACUGAAAAAGAGGACCAAAGUGAGUACAGCAGCACUAGCUUUCCAAUAGAUGAUGAGAAUGGAGAAAAGGCAGAGACUUGGGCCCUUACAAACCUGAGGGGCCGUGCAGACCCCAACCUAAAUGCAGUGAAAAUUGAAAAACUGUCUGAUGAUGAAGAGGUAGACAUUACCGAUGAAAUGGAUGAGCUGCUUGCUUAUGCACCCCAGCAGGAACCUGAAAAGUUUAAAUUAACCGAUAGUCACAAGAGUCUAAUUCAAGAAACUGGUGGAAGAGAACACACGUGUUCUUCUGUCUACAACUCUGCAAUUCCUUUAACUGCAGAAGACCUUUUAAAGACUGAGCAAGGCAAGGUGGAAACACUGGAACUUUCAAAUGUUGUGAUGACUUGCUCUGAGAAGCAGAGCAUAAAUGGUGAUGAAUCUGUGAAAUCAGAGUAUUGGCAAUUUAACAAAUUUCCUGAGAGAAAUGAGCAAGACCAAAGAGGAACUUUUCAUGGCGGCAGGCAGUGGGCUGGUCAAGAGCUUAAUGAAGAACAGAAGAACUUGGCUGAUACUGAAAUGCUUUUCCACUCUUCCCAUCAAGUGGAUGAAGAGAAUCAAGAGGAAGCAGAGGAGCUUAAGCCACCAGAACAGGAAGUGGAAAUUGAUAGGAAUGUCAUCCUGGAAGAAGAGAAACAAGCUAUUCCUGAAUUUUUUGAGGGACGGCAGGCCAAAACUCCAGAGCGCUACUUGAAGAUUAGAAAUUACAUUUUGGAUCAGUGGGAGCGAUGUAAACCCAAAUACCUGAACAAAACUUCAGUACGCCCAGGCCUGAAGAACUGCGGUGAUGUUAACUGUAUUGGUCGAAUACACACGUACCUGGAAUUAAUAGGAGCAAUUAACUUUGGCUGUGAACAGGCUGUAUAUAAUAGACCACAACCAGCUGAUAAAACACGAUCCAAAGAAGGCAAAGAUACCACAGAAGCCUACCAAUUAGCUCAGCGUCUGCAGUCUAUGCGUACAAGACGACGGCGCGUGCGAGACCCUUGGGGAAACUGGUGUGAUGCCAGGGAUUUGGAAGGCCAGACUUUUGAGCAUCUCUCUGCUGAAGAGCUAGCCAGAAGACGAGAGGAGGAGAAACUUAAACCUGCAAAGCCUUCUAAAGGAUCAAGACAAAUAAAAAGUUCCUUUGAUCCCUUUCAGCUGAUACCUUGUUGUUUGUUCACUGCAGAAAAACAGGAACCAUUUCAGGUGAAAGUGGCUUCAGAAGCACUCCUAAUAAUGGACUUGCACUCUCAUGUUUCUAUGGCAGAAGUAAUAGGCUUGUUAGGAGGAAGAUACUCUGAAGCUGAUAGAAUUGUUGAAAUUUGUGCAGCUGAACCAUGCAAUAGCCUAAGUACAGGACUACAGUGUGAGAUGGAUCCAGUAUCUCAAACGCAGGCUUCAGAAACGUUGGCUGUUAGAGGAUACAGUGUUAUUGGGUGGUAUCACUCUCACCCUGCCUUUGACCCUAAUCCUUCAAUCCGAGAUAUUGAUACUCAAGCUAAAUACCAGAGUUAUUUCUCCAGAGGUGGUGCGAUGUUCAUUGGAAUGAUUAUAAGUCCUUAUAACAGAAAUAAUCCACUUCCAUAUUCCCAAAUUACUUGUCUUGUUAUUAGUGAUGAGAUUAGUUCAGAUGGCUCCUAUCGUCUCCCCUACAAGUUUGAAAUACAGCAGAUGUUGGAUGAACCUCAGUGGGAAUUAGUGUUCGAAAAAACAAGAUGGAUAAUCGAAAAAUACCGGCUCUCACAUAGUAGUGUCCCCAUGGAUAAAAUCUUUCACAGAGAUUCUGACCUGACCUGUUUGCAGAAACUUUUGGAGUGCAUGAGGAAGACUCUGGGCAAGGUAACCAACUGCUUCAUCGCUGAAGAAUUCUUGACUCAGAUAGAAAACUUGUUCCUUUCCAGCUAUAAAAGUGAGAAGCAGAAUGAUGCAGCUGAUGAAAACAAGAGCAUGUGUCCAAAUGAAUUGCUAAUGUGAUGCCUUUGACAAAGUGGAAAUUUCAGUUGUUUGGACUCUUCUCCGAUGUUUCAGCUUUUCCAACAUUGUCUUGGUUGACAAUAAUAGUGAUUGAAUCUGGUGUCUCUGAAGUGUGACUGUUUCAAGACAUUUUGGAAACUGCUAGCAAAAAUAUUUUGAUUUACAUAUGAAACUUUUUAAUAUUUCCAGUCAGAAAAAUAAUCGGGUAGUAUUGUUGACUUUGUUAUAACUGCUAUUUAGGAGGGACAUGAGCUGAAAUAAAAAAGAGUAUUAUGCUGCAGUCCUUACUGGAGAGAGUCCCCCCCCUCUCAGUGUUUUGGUCUCAAAUUUCUCUUUUCUAUUGUCAAAUACACAGGUAUUACAUUUGGAGUAAGAUGUGUGCAUCAGAGGAAAGAAAUUUGCUUGUGGGCUCUAAUUUUGGGUAAUUCCAUGGACAGGAAUGGUAACCGCUUCACUGAAAAGUUUUGUUCUCUGGCUGAUUUCCCCCCUCCCCAACUUUCCUGCUCUCUACUCUUACAUUUGUCCUCUGCUUAAUCCAGUUCAUUGUUCUUCUCUGAGCUGUUACACAUAACUGUUUUCUAGCAGAUGGUUAUGAUUUGUCACUUUGGGUUGCCAGCGUUUCCAGUGGAAACAAUAACUCCUGCUUUAUCACAGGUUGUACUCUAUCUGGUCUUCUGUAUUACAGGGAGAUGGUAUUACCUUGUGCUAUCAGAUCAUCAUGAUCUCUCAUCUAGUCGCCAGUGUUUCCUAUGGAAACAAUAGGUCCUGAUUAUUACAGGUUGCUACCAUAUGGCAAAAUCUAGUGCCAUAUUGUGACAGCCAGAAUGUUUGUCUGAAAAAAAAAUUAAGGAGUAUGCCUUUUGUAUUCAUAUACAUUAGGUGUUCAAAAUGCAUUUUAAGUAGUACAUGUGCUGUUCAUAUCAGCUUUUGCCAUAAUUUUGUACAAAGGAUAUCUUUGUGUAUAUUAGAACUAUAUAAGCAGAUUGAUUUAUAUAGAAAAAAGUUUCAGGAAACCAUAACUUCCAGUAUGUUAUCAGGUGUGUGCAUUGGGAAGUUUCCUUCUUGAAUUGGGAAUAAAUUGUUGAUUUGUUUACACAUACUAUAUAUUCUCCCUCUAAAGAGAAUAUAGCCAAAAUGUCUGACUUGUCUGAAAACCAUGGAGCAAUCCAGAACUUUGCUUCAUUCCUGGAGAAUGGGAAAUUCAGGCUAGUUUUUAUUUAUAGAUUUGGCUGUACAUAAAGCAUGCAAUUUCAGGUUCAAAUCUGUAACUACUUCUACCAACCCUGUAUGCUCAGAUAAAAUCUAUGUUGACCUCUAAAAAUAAACAACACAAGUUUUGCUAUUUUGAGAUCCCAUUCUGGGUAAGUCUUUCACCAGCAAGGUGAAACUAACUCCUGCCACAUUUUCUAUUAUUAAGUUUAGUUUCUUUCAUUUCAAAGUGAAGAACCUGAUUAUAGGAAGAUACAUGGACAGUUUAUAAUUGGAGACUUUUUUUUUCCAGUCUGUAUUCAAAGCCCGUGGACGUGAUAAUAGUAGAGAACCUUAUGCUUCUCUGGAUUGUGUACAUUUGCAGAUAAGAGGCUUUAUAUACCAGAGUGAUAUGUAUAGUUCAUUAAUUUAAAAAGUGCAAUCCUUGCAAUCUGCAGACCUGUCAUUGCCCCUAAAUGGUGUAUAUUGUGAACUGUCAUCUCUGGUAUUUCUGAAGUAAAAGUAUUGCAUGGCUGUCAAUAUCUCUACUGGUAAACUCUGCCAUUUGCUCACAGAUGAAACUUCACCUCUCUCGACUUAAAUUUUGGAGUGUUCCAUAAUAAAGUAUUAUGCUACCAAUCUUA